AUGGUGCGCUGGACCCCACAGCAUCGUGCGUACGCUGUCAAAGCCUUGCAUCAAAACGGUAGUUCAUACCAGUUAGCACGUCGUGCAUUCCGCAACCAUUUCAACAUUAAUCGGAAUCAGCCGGUGCCAUCUGCCUGUGCGAUUAAAGAUUGGGUUAAGAACUUUGAAGAGACUGCGUCAACGACAAGGAAGAAAACAGGAAGACCGAAAACUGUGCGCACACCUGAAAACGUUGAACGUGUAAGAGUCGCCAUUGACAGAAGCCCUCGUCGCUCAGCUCGCCGACACAGCGUUACACUUGGCAUUUCAAACCGAACGGUAAGACGAAUUUUACACCAAGAUUUGCACUUCCACCCGUACAAAAUCCAAAUGGUUCAGGCCCUAAAGGAAACGGAUUUUGUAAGCAGAAGCCGGUUCAGCUUAGAAUUUUUGGAUUUGAUUAAUGAAGACGAGGACAUUGUAAACCGUUUGUGGAUGAGUGAUGAAGCGCACUUCCAUCUCUCAGGUUAUGUUAACAAGCAAAACUUUCGAUUUUGGAGUGAUGUUAACCCUAGAGAACUGCAUCAGCAGCCAUUGCAUUCAAAAAAGUUACUGUCUCACCACAACGUGUGGAGUAGAAGCGUGGAGGUGACAGAGCAGAUCCUUCACCCUGAGCACGAUGCCAGCGAGGACUGUUCACAGUUGUCCUCCCUCAACUUGGCUCACAACCAGUUCACAUCCGUUCCGGUUGUACUGUCCUGUCUGGCUGUCAACCUAACCAGGCUCAAUCUUUCUUACAACAGUUUACGUUCGAUGAGCCACAUCACAUCAUACCCAAGUUCCUUGAAGCAAUUAGAUCUAAGUCAUAAUCAGGUGUGCUGUUGGCCGAGCUUACCGCAAAUUGAAACCACUGACACGAUGGAGCAAGCUGCUGUCACCUGCUAUGCUCCUGAACUAAACGCCAAACCAAUCAAACUGUCAGCAUCAGCUAGAAGACCAGGACGAUCAUUAAGGACAACGAUACUGAAUAGUUUAUGUGUACAUCGAAGGCACUUUCGCCUGGAGAAUCUGCGGACCCUCGUUUUAGCUGACAAUAAAAUCACCAGGAUACAACUCAGCACUGAUGAUGACGGAUAUUCAUCACAGGAGAGUGAAGACACCGACAAUGAAUGGAUAGCGUUUCAAAACUGGUUCUCUUUGAAUUUCUUUUCAUCUUCUAAUAAAUACAGGGUGGCCCACAAGUCAGUAGACGCUUGCAAUUUUCAAGAAAUCAGUGAGCUUCCUCCCCACAUGGGCCUGCUGUCACGACUGUGGAACCUGAACACACGCGGCUGUAAUCUGCAGGAACCCCUCAAGUCGAUGAUCGAGUCGAAGAAGUACAAGACAAUGGACAUCAUUGGAUACUUGAAGUCGGUGCUGGAGGAUGCCAGGCCCUAUGCGAGGAUCAAGUUGAUGAUAGUUGGCGUACAGGGAAUCGGCAAGACCUCGCUGUUGGAACAGUUGAGGCAGGAGGGGAGUGGCAGUUACCGCAAGAAACCAGUUGAGCACUGGGCUAAGAGAAUGGGAAAUAAGAACAUCAAUGUGAAGACCUCGCGAGGCACUAAUAUGUCCACCGUUGGAGUGGAUAUUGGCGACUGGGUCUAUGAGAAGAAAAUUCGAGGCCAGUCCUCUCAUGGUCCAUGUGUUUUCAGAACGUGGGACUUUGGAGGGCAAAGAGAGUACUAUGCUACCCAUCAGUACUUUUUAUCUAAGCGAAGUCUCUACCUGGUGGUUUGGAGGAUCCCAGACGGACAAAAGGGCAUUUCAGAAAUAAUGCAAUGGCUAGUCAAUAUUCAGGAAGCUGAAAUGGAAUGUACACAUCACUCAGACUUGUACGAAACUUUCAAGACUACUUCAUCUGCUCAGAAAGCUGAGAUAUGUGGUGACGAUUAUUUGCUGACAGCCUAUCACUCACUGUUCCACAGCCAAAUAACCUACGGGAUUUUGAUUUGGGGGCAUGCUUUGACUGCAUCGGACGUGCUACUGCUUCAGGAAAAGGCAAUCAGAACAUAA